AAAAUAAUGAUUUAGACAAAUAGAAAGCAGUUUGCCUCUGGGCUCCUCACAGGUUGCUAGAGGGCAGCUGGUAUUUGCUGAUCUCCAGGAAGAGAGCACAGGUGGGCAGGAGCAUGUGGCACCCACCGGCUCUGCUCCUUCUCAUCCUCCCAGGGUGUUUCUCCAUCUAUGGUCCUGGCGCUGUGUGGGGCACAGAAUGGGACUCACUGACAGUGCAGUGUCAUUAUGACCAAGGCUGGGAAACCUACAGCAAGUGGUGGUGCCAUGGAAGUGGCUGGAAGUCCUGCGAAAUCCUCGUUAUAACUACGGGAUCAGAGCACACAGUGGAGAGAGGCCGAGUGUCCAUCAGGGACGAUCAGAAAAACCGUGUGUUCACCAUAACCAUGAAGAUACUCUGGAGGUCGGACACUGACACCUACUGGUGUGGCAUCGAGAGGACGGGCACUGACCUUGGGGUCCAAGUUGAAGUGACCGUUUACCCAGUCACAACUGUACCUGGGACAGCAGACACAGCAUCACCUGGGACAACAGACACAGCUCUACCUAGGAAAGCAGAAACAACUGUGCCUGGGAAAAGGAACACAGCUGCACCUGGGACAAUGGACACAGCUGUACCUAGGAAAGCGGAAACAGCUGUGCCUGGGACAGCAGACACAGCUUCACCUGGGACAAGAGACACAGCAGAACGUAAGAGAACCACCAACCCAAUAGUUAUGGCCUCCGGAGUUUCUCUCAGCCAGAACACCAACAGCAGCAAGCCCACGGCUCUUACCAGCCCCCUCGCCAGGAUCCUGCUCUGCAACAUCCACUUCCUGCUCCCAACCUCCCUGAAGGGGCUGCUGCUCGUGGGCCUGCUCUGCACUGUGCUGCGAGUAAGCAGUGCUAAGGGGGCCUCCAGCGGGAAAUAAAGUCACCAUCUGAGCCAAGGAACCACAUCUCCCACACCACCGACACCCUGGGAGGGGACAGCAGAGCCUCCUGGCCUCCCAUCAGGUAAUGAGCAGUAAUUGCAAUUCCCCAGGAGACGAGAGUCCCUGCAGAGAGGGAGCAUCCCUCAUCCUGGCCUCAGGAAUGUAAUCCCACUCUCUGCCAGCUCUGCUCAGCACAGGGACGCUGACGGGGCUUCUCUGCCUUCUGCCACCUCUGCCUGAGGAGCAGAUAAAAGAAAGGACAUCUCCCUUGCAUGCUGAUUCCUUGGAGGUACCUGCAUCUCACCUGCAUGGAUCCUCCCUCAGGCCUCCUUUCCUUGUUGCCCUGGGAUGACCCUGUCAGAGAAAAUGGACUAUCAUUCAGCUGCAGAGGCCCCAGGGCCUGUCCGGCCUUUGUAUCCCAAGAGGGGCUCAACUCUGUCCUCUUUGUGCCUGUGACACUCUCCGCCCCCCACCCAGCUCAGAGCCAGCAUGACCACCAUCGCCCACUCCUGAUUCAACCCAACCUUGGCCCUUUCCACCUCUCGAGCUGUGAAUAGCAAAUGCAGGAUGCUCCGCCCUCAUGUUUCACUCCCCCCAAUUCACUUGUAAUUAAAUAACAACACAUCUCUUUCUCAUUUUCAAAGGUAUGUAUGUUUCCUCUCAAUAAAGUUGUUAUGAUUAUUAUUCUCUUCCACUUACGUUCUUCCGGAGCUCUGUCUGCUCAUUUUUUCCUCCCUAUUUUACUUUGAAUCAUUUUUUUGAAUUACUAUAUUUCUUUUCUUAGCUCCUUUUUUGGAGAGACCUUGUUGUCUGUAGUUUCUCUGCGAUGGAGGAGAAUUUUCUGUCUGAACUAUUCCUCUAUUGCCUUGAGCACUUCCUCUCCUGAGAUGGGUUCUUCAACUGCCACUUGCUGGUGUUCAUUUCUUCUCAUUGAUCUCAUCAGCUGUGAACAGUGCUGGUUUGCUCUAUAACUUUUCUUUGAAUGAGGUUGAAGAUUUGCCAAGAGUAGCAUGAGGAGCCGUUGGGGGCAGAGCAUGGAGGUCGGAGCAUGGAGGAUGGAGUGUGGAGGGCAGAGCAUGGAGGGCAGAGCGUGGAGGGCAGAGCUGCUGAGGGCAGAGCCGUGAAGGACUGCUGACACACAGAAAGUGUGUCUUCAGUAACACUCACCACUUGCCACAUCUUGAGUGCCUAUGUCCAUAUGGUUCACGUGUCAAGAAAGGGCAAGGCCUCAGGCUCCAGCAGCCUGCGUGCUGCUAAGCAUGGGAGAACAACUGGUGUUGUGAUGUGUGAACCCUGGCCACACAGGCUGGUUGCUGUUGUCAUCUGGAGGCUUCUUCACCCACAAGUCUGGAGUAUGGGCUGGGUGAUCCAAGACAGCUCUGCUGGAAUGUUGCCCAGAGACCCUACAUGUGGCCUCCCUGUGACAGCUGGGUUCCAAGAGGGAGUAUUCACAGACCUUCCAGAGGGCAAGUGUUUCAAGAGACUGAGGAGGGAGCUGCAGGGUUUCUUCUGACUUAGCCUUGGAAGUCACACAGAGGCCCUCUCACAUGCACUCCCCGUGGGGGCGAAUAUUGGUUCUUGCAGGGUGAAAAAGUAUUUUUGCUCUUUUUAGGUACAAAACACAGAGAUAGAUAGAUAGAUAGAUAGAUAGAUAGAUAGAUAGAUAGAUAGAUAAAUGGAUGGAUGUAUAAUACAUCUUUGGUAUUAAAAUUUCAUAGGAGAUAUUUUUAGGAAUAUUCCUUUUUAGGGAUUUUUUUUUAGGGAUAUUUUCUGGGAUAUGCAUUGUUAUCCUAAGAUAACAAUGAAAAAAGGUUGAGAAACACUGUUCUAGCCCACUGGUUGAAACGGUCACAAACCACCCAGACCCAAGGGAAGGAGACAUAAGCCCCAACUCUUAAUGGAAGGAGUGCCAAGAAAUUUGCAGCCAUGUUUUUAAACUGCCAUGUGGAAGAAUUGUAAUUUAGUGCCUUCUUGUCACAUAUAAGAAUAGCAGGACCUGAA